GCGUUUCUGAAGUGUAACACUGUACUCGAGGAAGAUUACAGGGGAGCACGCGAGUCAACGGAGGUUACACGAGGGGGCGGACAAAGAAAGCGAAAGGACUCGAAAGGUCGCAACUGGAGGUUGCGACUGACCGUUACAACAUCACAGAUGGUAACCGAAGCGGCAAUCGAGUCGCUGUGCGACUCGAUAAACCGCUCCUGUAACUGUAUUCUACAACUGCUUUCUUAUCUUCUAUAUAUUGCUGUAUGCUUGUUUCUUUAAUCAAUCACUUGUUCUCACAUACGAGUACAAGGGUUCAACCGUCUCAACUUCCGCUGCACUACUCCAAGUCUCAAGUCUUUACAGCUGGGACUUAGUCUCUGCAAAAGAUCCUAAGGGCUUUUCUCAGCCCAACACCAACAUUGGCUGACACCAUCGAAUCGAAUCAAGACCAAUGUGGCCAUUGUUAGUUGCUCAAAACCAGGAACACUUGCUCUGAUGCUGGUACAAGCUCCACCCGUUUGGCCCCUGUUUUGGUUCCUGUGUCAGAGAGUCAUCACCAUGACUACCACUUCCUGCCUCCCCAGGCCAAAGAACCAGGCGAUGGGGGAGCGGACACAAAGUUCCUCGGUUUAGGUAGCAGCAGCGCUAGCUUGCCAUGGCGUGCUGUAGCACACACGGCGACGGCCCCCACAUGCUCGCAGCCAUGGGGGGCAUGCAGGAAGUAGCGGACGAGGGAGGAGAAUUCCUUGGGGCACUGCGAGUGUGGCAUGUGCCGUGCGUCGUUCACCAGCACCAGCCGUGAGCUGCCGCCCAGGUGCCUGAGAGGGUAAAGGGCGAGAGGGGUAGAGAAAUGCAGAGGUUGAGACUCAGCACAGGAUAGGGGCAAUGAACUUGGAUAGUGAACGCACGAGCAAGCAAGGGAAACUUAUGGCAAGAGAGCCAAGCUGGAGUGAAGGAGUCAUAGAAUGCUGGGCAUCUGGCAUUAGAUGGAUG